GUGUGUGUGUUGUUUUUGUGGGCGUUCUGCGCUGUGAGGGCGGAGCAUGAGCUGCAUGAAGCGCUUCUGUCAUGAGACUGAGUCACGUGACUGGCUUCAGCACACACUCGUUCUCUGACUGAGACUUUAUUCGGCUGUUAUUGUAGAAGAUGGCGGAGGAAAGGGAGCCUCCACCGCUGCCCGGUGUCCCGGAGCCGCAGGACGCGGAGGAUCUGUUCGUCAGCGCGAUGGAGGAUGCUGAACGGAGUUUGUCUCCAGAAGACAUCAGCAGCAGCUCUAACGGACCCAAAGCCGAGCACAUGCUGCUGGACCACGACCCCGACCCCGACGACCUCUUCGCUGAAGCGACGGAGGAAGUGUCUCUGGACAGUCCAGAGCGGCAGAUGAUCCUGUCAGACGGUCCGUCUCCCGCCGUCACACCCGUCACGAUUAACCCCAGAGCAGACGUGUUCGACCGCUCGCCGGACCAGGAUGAAGAUGAAGAGGAAAACAGGGACACGUUUGACAUCCAGAUCUCCGUUUCUGACCCUGAGAAAGUUGGUGACGGCAUGAAUGCGUACAUGGCCUAUAAAGUGACGACCAAAACCAGUCUGUCCAUAUUCAGCAGAGACGAGGUCUGCGUCAAGAGGCGCUUCAGCGAUUUUCUGGGUUUGCACAGUAAAUUAGCCUCCAAGUACAUGCACAUCGGCUACAUCGUUCCUCCUGCUCCUGAGAAGAGCAUUGUGGGAAUGACUAAGGUCAAAGUGGGGAAAGAGGAUCUGUCAUCGGUUGAGUUUGUAGAGAAGAGAAGAUCUGCUUUGGAAAGGUAUAUGCUGAGGACCGUCAAACAACCAGCGCUGCUCAAAGACCCCGAUGUCCUGCAGUUUUUGGAGAGUUCAGAGCUGCCGCGAGCGGUUAGCACACAGGCGCUGAGUGGGGCCGGAAGUGUGCGUGUCUUUAUUUUGAAGCAUGCAUACUGUUAUCAUCAUCAUUUGGACGAAGUGUUUGUGUGUUCCUGUAUAAAGUGGUUUGAGGAGAAACAGCAGCAGUUUGAGAAUCUGGACGUUCAGCUCAGAAAACUUCACGCUAGUGUGGAAUCACUGGUGUUUAACAGGAAGGAGCUGUCUGUGAACACGGCGUCGUUCGCUAAAAGCGCGGCUAUGCUGGGAAACUCGGAGGAUCACACGGCGCUGUCGCGAGCUCUGUCCCAGCUGGCCGAGGUGGAGGAGAAGAUCGACCAGCUGCAUCAGGAUCAGGCCUGCGCUGAUUUCUACCUGAUCUCAGAGCUGCUGGGAGACUAUGUGCGGCUCAUCACCGCCGUUAAAGGCGUGUUUGACCAGCGGAUGAAAACAUGGGCCAAAUGCCAGGAUGCUCAGGUGAUGCUGCAGCGCAAGAGAGAAGCCGAAGCCAAACUACAGCACGCCAACAAACCCGACAAACUGCAGCAGGCCAAAGACGAGAUCAGAGAGGAGAUCGAGGAGAUUACAGUCAGUACAGUGUCACACAUCUAUCAGACUUACAUCUUUAUUUUGAAGCAUGCAUACUGUUAUCAUCAUCAUUUGGACGAAGUGUUUGUGUGUUCCUGUAUAAAGUGGUUUGAGGAGAAACAGCAGCAGUUUGAGAAUCUGGACGUUCAGCUCAGAAAACUUCACGCUAGUGUGGAAUCACUGGUGUUUAACAGGAAGGAGCUGUCUGUGAACACGGCGUCGUUCGCUAAAAGCGCGGCUAUGCUGGGAAACUCGGAGGAUCACACGGCGCUGUCGCGAGCUCUGUCCCAGCUGGCCGAGGUGGAGGAGAAGAUCGACCAGCUGCAUCAGGAUCAGGCCUGCGCUGAUUUCUACCUGAUCUCAGAGCUGCUGGGAGACUAUGUGCGGCUCAUCACCGCCGUUAAAGGCGUGUUUGACCAGCGGAUGAAAACAUGGGCCAAAUGCCAGGAUGCUCAGGUGAUGCUGCAGCGCAAGAGAGAAGCCGAAGCCAAACUACAGCACGCCAACAAACCCGACAAACUGCAGCAGGCCAAAGACGAGAUCAGAGAGGAGAUCGAGGAGGUAGGACCUUCGCUUUGAUUUGAUUUGCUGUCUCCAUCGUCACGUCUGCUGUCUCACACACACUUAUAUUUGCAUUCUGUAGAUCAGAGACUAAUUAUGGAUUCAUCAGACGCACCUGACAUGCUUACAAACACUACAGCGUCU